UCGCUUCCUCGCACUCGUAUGAUACACAACCUUGCAUUUUCAGACGUCAUAUUUCAACAGAUUACCGGAACGGCGACCUCUUCAGAGAACAUGUCCUGUUUCCCAUAUUACACUGAAGGAGAAGUGAUAAAGGGUUUCGGACGAGGAAGUAAGGAGCUCGGAAUACCAACAGCCAAUUUCCCUGAGGAUGUAGUGAAGAAGUUACCAGAAGAGAUACAGGGCGGUGUGUAUUACGGCUGGGCUAAUGUAGACAAUGGUCCAGUAUAUGAGAUGGUGAUGAGUAUAGGAAACAACCCUUACUACAAAAAUGAGAAAAGAUCUAUGGAAACCCAUAUAAUCCACACAUUCAAUGAAGACUUCUACGGUAGUACCCUAAAAACUGUUAUGUUGGGAUUUAUACGACCGAUGAAGAAUUUCUCCUCUUUAGAUGAACUAGUCACCGAAAUCCAUGCAGAUAUAUUCCACGCCAAGGAGAAGCUUGAACUCCCCGAGAAUUCUUCCCACAAACAUAGCAACUUUUUCUACGGAAGUGAUAAUAAACAGACAUGAUGCUUGAUUAGAAUUAGCCAAUCACAUACUUUGUAACAAAAGACUUUAUUGAUCAGGGUAUUUAUAUAAGUGUCAUUUCCCAUUGAUUGGAAACAACCAAUAUGAUGCCUUGUUACGUAAUGCACCAAAAGUUUGGACCAAUCAGAGGUGUUUUAACAUAGGCUGUCAUAAUGUAACUGAUGUUCUAUGCAUCAAAAAAGGAUUUAUGUCAAAACGUAGAAUUUUUUGUUUCUGUAUGUGUCAGACACAUUAUAUCAAAUGAAAAUUAUGUCAAUUAUAAAUUAAUAAUUUUGUUUUAUUAAUAACUGUAUUUACAUUAAUUGGAGUAUGAAAUACAAAAAUUUUUCAAAAGAUCGAUAAAACAAAUUAAAGAUGUAGCACCAAAUGAACAAAAGCCGGGCCAAUAGAUGGAAGCACUAUAAGUACAUUGUGUUCAUCUCGUCAACUUUGAUCUUAUAUACAUGUAUGCAACAUGAUGAGAAAUCUCCAUCCCAAAAAAGUUUAACUGUAAAAAAACUUGUUUGUAACAUACACUUGUAUAAGCACGAGAAAACUAAUUUUUGGUUAUUAGAAAAUAAGAGGGUCGGGGUGGGUGUAAGGGAGAUAACUCUGUCACACACUUUUGGUAAAGGGACCAUACAGCCUUAAUAAAUUUACAUAGGAUCAGAUAUGUAGCGUACUUGAUACCAAUAUCCAUGCACUGAUUGAUUUCAUAUAGGUAUCUUAUCAACCAAAUAUUGCCAUAAACUAAGCCAUCAUUUUAAAGUUACUCUAUAUAAUGGACUGGUCAGGUUUUGUUUUUUAAAUAAAUAAAUAAUCAAGAAAAGUAUUACUGAUACUAUUUUUCAGAGAGAGUGGUUAAGUUUGUUGCUGCCAAAAAUAUUGAAUCGUGACUUGUUCCACACGGACUUGACACAAGUUCAAACAUAAAAAAAAACCCAUUGUAAACAUUUUUACUGAUUAUGUUAUUUUUAAGGAAGGGUUCACUGCGGGAAAUUUUGACUUAUGAUUGGAACCAUGUGAACUAGAACUAAAACCUACUGUCUGUAUAUAAGUAUAAUAUUGUACAUGUAUGUGAAGAUAAUGACGAUGAAAAUGUUGACAGCUAGUCUUUCAGAAUUGUGCAUAAGAAAAAGAGCUUUACUGCGAGUGAUUUUUUUUUGUGAAAUGUUUUCAAUAUUUACUGCAGAUAUGCUGAUUAAAUGUACAUUGCUUUGAGGGCAUUAGAAUAAUGUUUAAGGUAUCCUUGUCUCUGAGAGAGCUAGCUUACAUCUGCAAUUCAAUGAAAUGUCUUGAAAUAAUUUUAUCCUUUUACAGAAAUGAAAUUAUUGGUAUUUAUGCUUGUCUGUUGAACUACACACCAAAACUGUCAUGUUUGUUUAAAAUUGAAAUUGUGUUCUUAUUUCUUGUUAAUAACAAAGAAUUAUGAGUGGAGCCCUACAAUAUAUGGCAAGAGCAUUUUUAUCCUCAACUAAGCCCCCUCCACUAGUGUAAAAGUUUUGUAAUAAGUUUUUGGAGAGCUUAUUUAUAAAACACUUUCAGCUAUAUUAUUGAAGGAAGAUGGCUUAGUUGUUGGGAGAGACUUGGUUUUGGAUUAAAAGAAUCUUACAUUGGCCUGUUCUGUGGACAGGGAUAUCUCAAACAAUAUUUAUUAUGUGUUUGGCUGGUCCAACCUGUGGCUUGUUUGGUACUGGCUAGCCGAACCUUUCCUUUACACCAGUGUUAAAAUAUCCCUGUACAGAUGCCUGUUUAAUUAAAUUUCUCACAAACAUGAAAAAGUAACAAAUUUAGAGGUUUUGUGAAACCUUCUCAUCACACUUUCAUCAAUUUCCUAUGAAAUGUGCAUCAAAUGUGAUGAGGUCAUCAAUUAUGAUGUGGUUACGCUACAUAAAAUGAUGAUGUAACCUAAUUUUGAGUAGCAUCGUAGUGUGUGCCAGCUAUAGUUUUCCCUACCCUAAGCGAGAUUAAUUUAUUCCAUCUCUACCACCUUGUGAAGUAUGUGAGAAAAGUAUAGUUUAGAACAUAGUAGAUAUAAUUGAUAAACAGUACAGUGUGAUCAGUUGUGUUUUCUCCAGCACCCAUCGUGGAAUUUUUUCCAGAGUCAUCUCGUAGCCUAGGAUACAUAUUUUACUGGGAUAGCAUUUAGUCUGAAUUAUCUACUUUAAAACCAGAAAAGCUUGAUUUGAUGUAAAUUUUGUGUGUAGAUACGAUAUCUGUAAAAUUGUCUGUGUCCAGUCCUAUACCAGUAAAACUGGGGGGUGUUACAGUGGAUUUAAUACUGUUAUAGUGUCUGUUUGUCGUAUUAACAGGUUUUCAUUACAACAUUGAGCUUUCCUACAUCUCCAAAAUAUAUAAAGUGUAAUAUAUUGAUGUCCGUCCAUUUAGUUACAUAACAAAUGUCUUUGCUACGAAAUACUGAUAGAAGACUUGGUUAUACAUUUUUAAUUGAUCAAAAUAUUUAUCAAAAUUGAAUUUUUUUAUCAAACUUUAAUAAAAAAAAAAAAAAAUUUGUCAUCACAUCAAAUAAUGGUAUACCUGCCAAUAAAGACAUUGAUUCUAUGGAAAUGUUAGUCAUCCAGUACUGUAGUUUUUUUAUAGAGUAGAUCAUAUGACUCCUUUUAGCCAAUGAAUGAUUUUGUGUUUGUACAGUCUUUUCUGUGACAGGAGCUUUAGAACAGUUAGGAACAGCUUUAUGGAUGGGGAAUGGAAUGUUAUAAUGUAUAAUUAUGAUUAGUCAAAAAGAUGUGUUUUUGUACCUUUGGAAUGUUACAGAACAUCACAUACAAACCUCAGGUUUCUGCAGUAUGCUCCAGUGAGGUAGCACUAUAAAACGGCAAAAGUUCUGGCCUAUCACAAGGAGACUUAACCACGAACAUACUGCAGCCUCCCAAAACACACAUACGCAUGCAUGUCGCACGCACGGGAGGCCGUCCUUAAAUGACCUUAGCUGUUAAUAGGACGUUAAACAAAAUAAACCAAACUAAAAUCACAUUUUAUUAUCUAUAUAGAGGUACAUGUAUGUCCCUUUUGCUAAUUUUUAUGCCAUGUUUAUCCUCAAGUAAGCGCCUCUCUUGUGUAAAAGAUUAGUAAUUAAGUUUGGAGAGGCAUUUUUGUAAACAACAUUUAGCUUACUAUAUCAAAAUGAAGAUGGAGACUUCAUGGUGUGCGAGAGGCUUAAUUUUGGCUAGUUACGGUACAUGUAAUUAAUAAAGUUGGGUCGGGUUAGUAUGACCAGAGCUAUUUGUAAUAAGAACAGACAAUAUUAAUGUUAUUAUACAUUAUGAGAAGUCUUGACAAAGAUCGACAAAGUCUGUAUACAUAUCUGCAAGGCCGGUUAGAUGCAUACAUCAGACGCUACAUUUUAACGUGACAAAGAGAGAAACAAAGAGGCCCCUUGGACCGCAGUAUUAAAGUAGCAAACAGGCAUAUAACUAUAGUCUAGUGAGGUUGGUUACUAAAUAUCUUGUGAUACUGUCUGGUUUUUCGCAUUGAUAUCUUUCCUAAAUUUGUUUAAAAAAUGUUGAUGGUAUAAGGAGUUUUUAUGUACAAUAUAUCGAGGUUUAGGUCAAAAUUAGCAUGAUAUUGUGUCGGUUUUGUCCGGCAAAUUUAUGUACUAAGGCAUGUCUUUUGUCAUGAAAUAUCAUUUUUACGAAUUUUAGUUUUGUUAUUCAGAGUACAAACAAAGGAUAUGUUAGACAUGGUGUUGGUGAUUUAGAGUAGGUUAUAAAAUAUAUAUAAACAUAUUUAUAAUAUAAUCGACCUAUUAUCCGGUAAAUUAACGAUAGCUAUCCAUACAUUUUUUUUCCAUAUCUCACUACUGUAAUAUACCCUAUAGGGUCUUUGUGGAGCUGCACCAGUCAGACAUUGAUUGUGAUGUCAUAAUAUGGACAAUGACAUCAUGUAUUUAAAAAUUACGGAACAAAAUCUCUGCCAGCAUUUGAUUUUGUCCUCUACAUUUUGACUUUAAAACCUGCAUGUCUAAAUGUAAGCUUUCAGAUUUAUGUGAAAAACAGUAUCUUAAACUUGUUUUCAUUUUAAAUUAUAUUUUAUAAAACUUGUCUUAAAGUUUAAGUUUUUUUUGUGAGCCUUUAAUAAGAACUUUUUAGACUUGUUUCAUAAAAUACCAUUUAAAGUGAAAACUCAUUGAAGAUCCUACGAAUACAUGAAUGUUCAUUACUAAUACUGAAUUACAAAACCAGCUAUUUCAGUAUUUUAGGAACCAGGACACUUUCACCCAUGCCUAUAUCUUUUUUAGGUUAUUUUGGAAAUAUAAUUAGACAGUAUAAACUGUAAGUGUAGUUCAAAGUCGAGAAAAGUUUUUACAAAAAGCUCCAAACAGUAUCAUAAGUGAUACAUACCGUUAUGUAGUGUAGCGGAACUGGACUGGGCUGAACCCUGACGGCAUGGUAGUUCAAAUGGUGUCAGUCUAGAGUUUGAAGGUCCAGGGUUUGAGUCUCAGUCUGGUCAUUGCACUUACGUAAAAAGUUAUUUAAUUUUCUGUAGUAGGUGUUAUUUAUUACAAACUCCAGAAGAGCCAUGACAUUUGUUGUCUCUGUUCAUGCUAUAAUGACGUUUUUUUAAAAAUAUUGUUCAAUUCAAACCAAUUUAAAGUGUCGACCAUGAAAUAAUCUUUUAUCACUUGUCCAGUACAUCAACAUACCAGUAAGUAUCUGUCAUUUAGAAAAAAACUCAUCAGUUUAAAAUUGCCAUUUCUUAAACCUGCUUUUAUCUCGUGAAUCGUCUGUACUGUUGUUUAAUUUAAGGACUUGUUGAUGUUGUUAGUUGUUGAAGAUUCUAUAUCUGCUGUUAUUGUAUGUAAACAGUUUAACUGGACAUGGUGUGAUUGUGUGAAGAUGUGUAUGAUUUUGUACAGAAUAAAAUCAGACAGAAGUUCAAAA